AUGGUGUCGGGACGAUGUCGUGCAGGAUGCAAGAGUUUCUUCAAGCGGAGCGUCCGUCGGAACCUGACCUACACGUGUCGAGGGAACCGGAAUUGCCCCAUCGAUCAGCAUCAUCGGAACCAGUGCCAAUACUGUCGGCUCAAGAAGUGCCUGAAAAUGGGCAUGAGAAGAGAAGGUGGGCCUCAUCCGCUACUUCCUGGAGGUUUCGCCCGAUCUUCCUUUCGCCUCCGUCCUCGGAGGACAAAGGAAAAAAAACGUCCCGGGUCCGACGUCCUCCGACGGAUCGGAGGACGAAUUUCGCUCGCGUGCGUCCUUUCCCGUUCCCGAAGCGGGAAUCCCUCAUCCCGCUUCGGGACGUCUCGCUCUCGGAUCGCGCCGACGAUGCUCGCCACGUUCACGCCGGGAAAUGGGGUCGUCGUUCGUGUUGCAGCGGUUCAACGAGGUCGAGUGCCCCCGUCCCAACACGGCGGGAUGCCGGGACACUUCGCCCUCACGAACGGGGAAGCCCUCAACGGACACACCUACCUGAGUUCCUACAUCUCGCUGCUGCUGAGGGCCGAACCCUACCCGACGGCUCGGUACGGCCAGUGCAUGCAGACGUCCAACAUCAUGGGGAUCGACAACAUCUGCGAACUGGCGGCUCGGCUCCUGUUCAGCGCCGUGGAAUGGGCUCGGAACAUCCCCUUCUUCCCGGACCUGCAGGUCACGGAUCAGGUGGCCCUCCUGAGACUCGUCUGGAGCGAACUGUUCGUCCUGAACGCGAGUCAGAGCAGCAUGCCGUUGCACGUGGCCCCUCUCCUGGCGGCGGCGGGUCUU